UCGUAGAGAAUGACAGUCCGUAGUCGAUCGUUUCUAUCUGUUCUCAAGUGAAGCUUAAACUCCGAAACAUUGUCCGUACUUGAGGCGAGACUGGAGAAUGGCGGGUGCCACGAAAAAAGCCACAGGUUACAUUCAAGUGAAGCUGAUUCCUGACGAUCGAAAUAGUCAGACGUGGACUGGUUGGUGUCAGCGAUGGGUCGAUCUGUUGGUGGUGUCCGAGGACAGCGGGCGAAGUAAACGAGAGAAGAUUCCGGAAGUCUGGCUGGAAGUUCGUAAAAGUAAAAACUCCGGCAAACCGAUCAAAGUGUGGACCGUGGACGCAAAGGACACUGUCCUUUACCGGUGCACGUCGAAGAGGAAAGCGCAUGCUUUCGCCAUUCAAUAUAGGAAGAAGGACAUAGUGUAUCUCAGUGGAAAUUCCGAAGGCGAAAGCAACGAUUGGAUGAAAAUCGUUCGUGAGUGUCUGUGGCCAACAGACAAGAUUGUUGAGCUUGAAAUUUCUACCGAGCGAUUGUUCGAGGCAUCGGUCAUUGACAACAGCUAUUCCGCUUCGUGUGGAUUGUUCGGCAAAUACGGUCACCUGUCAUGUCGGGAGAAUAAACUCAUCAUGUUCGAUAACAACGGCUCGAAUGUGAUACAAGAAUGGUACCUCCACACGAUCCGCAAGAUGGAGGCUUUCAAAGCCAGUGCCAACGACAAGGGUCAGGUUCUGACCAUCUACCUUGGAGAGAACAGCUCGACUGGAUGUGGAGUUGUUUACUUUUUUUGUCCCAAAGCGGUUUCCCUAUUAAAGAGCAUUCGAACGCGGAUCAGAGACGUUUUCAACGAUCUCGCGGAUGACAAAAAAGUACAACAAGCGACGCUUAUGAGUCUCGGAGCACUGCACGACGUCAGUCUCGAGGAGUCGGAGGUCAAAGAGCCCCUAAUGAAUCUGAUCAUAGCCGAUGAAAUCAUCAAAGCGAAACAAGAUCUCUCUCAGAGCAAGAGACUACAAGCCCUCAAGCCCACCGUCCAAGAGGCAACAAAUAAAAAUGAGCCCUUCAUUUGGAAAGAUAACGAGCUUUUCGAAGAGGACACCGUCAAAGCCCCCCUCAAAGCCGAUUACACUCCGCCGGAUGAAGAGCCUCCCAAGAAGCCCCGACGAGCAUCUCUCACCCAAUCACUCAGUUUCAUGAAGCGACCACGAGCCCGCAGUACUACACCUGACGAUUCCGCACGACCUAGACGUGAACAGCGUCGCGGCAGCCUCCCACAGAGCGCACGCUUCUUUGCCAAAUCUCCGACGAAGACAUUCGAAAACGAUAUGAAAGUACAGCUGCAGAAAUUCCAACAGAUAUUGAACCUUGCCGAUUCGGAGAACAGCGAGAAGAUUUUCCCCGUUGUUGGGAGCCCGAAGAAUCUGAGUCGACCGGAAUCCAGCGAGGUGGUAGCACAAGAAACUACAACUCUGAGCGCUUUGGACGAGUGUUCUGAGGGAACCACGUCGCGAUCUGUCUCGUUGUCCAGCUUCACAGCGCAAUUAUUGAUUGACGAUAAACCGAUGGAAACCGCGGACUCGACACCCGAUAACCCAAUUAGCGCUGAUCAACAACUUGAUUCGACAAGCGGUGUUCAAGCCGAAACUGAGAAUCCGAAAACCGAUAAUGAGGAUUCUUUGUCGGACGAGCCUGGCAAUAUUACGGCGGAGAGCAUCGUUUCAGCUGAUGAUGCGGUCUUCAGGGAACCCGAACUCGAUCUGCGCUUGCGUGAAUCUGACGAGGAUCAACCACUCGACAAUACUGAUCGGAACGAUGACCCGGCACUUGCGAAGAGUGUGGCGUAUACGGAGUCCACAAGGACAGCCGAGAGACUGGACGGUGGCAGUCUUAGCGCGAGCGAAGAGGUGACCGACCUACAAGGCGUUCCGCCGAGCCCUCAGGACGAGCCGACUUCAGGUUCAUCCAACGGAAAAGACGCCCUCGAUUCGGGAGAACCGUCGCCUGCGACAGCUGACAUCACGAGUACGGAUCGUAAGGGGAGCUCGCAUGCUGUAAAAAUCAACUUCGGACCUCCGCCAAAGCCCAAGAGGAUAUCCAGGAAUAGCAAAGAACUUUGAGCGAAAUCAGCGCUCCCGUGUCUAGCCUCGAACUAAUACAGGAGAUAUCCAUCGGCUCAGCUGACCAGGAGUUCCCUCAACAAUAGGUUCGGCCGCGCGCCCCCGAUCCGGAGAGAUUACUAGUGUCAGACCCGUCGACCGGGAUCCACGAGUUUACUAUUUCAUUCUCCGAGAGAGUCAACGGUCUGCCACGGACCGAGGAUGAGGUGACACCUGAUUAAAGACUUCCCCAUUCUU